AUGGGGCUCAACAAAAGCGAAGUGGAGAAGCACAACUCUCGGACCUCUUGCUGGGUCAUAAUUCAAGGGAAGGUCUAUGAUCUCACCGAAUUCUUGGACUUCCACCCUGGCGGUGCGAGCAGCAUUCUUCGCUAUGGAGGGAAAGACGCAACUGAAGAGUACGAAUUGAUCCAUCCUCCCGCAACCAUUGAUACACUCCCCAAAGAGAAGCAUCUGGGAGAGUACGAUGUUUCCGAGGAUAGCCAGGAUGCAGCGAAUGCCCCGAGUUCACCACCUAAGGAAACAAAUGGCCUCCCUCCCUUGACAACUCUCCAGAAUUUGGGAGACUUCAGAAGCACAGCCCAGAAGUUCUUGUCACAGAAAGCAUGGAUAUACUACAGCUCUGCAGCCGAUUCUUUACAGUCCGAUGCAAUAAACCGCAAGGACUGGACUAAAAUACAUUUUCGGCCACGAACUCUUCGUCGCGUAGACAAAAUAAGCACAAAGACUCGAAUCAUGGCGCAUGACAGUGCGCUUCCCGUCUUCAUUGCACCAGCCGCUCUGGCCAAGCUGGGACACGAGGAUGGUGAACUGUGUUUGGGACGAGGCGCUGUGAAAUGGAACAUUCCAUAUUGUUGUAGCACAUACAGCUCUGUUCCUCACGUCGAAAUCGCCAAAUGUAUGGCCACGGAGACCAACGAACGGGGCGCGCUUCUGUUUCAAUUAUACGUGCCGAUCGACAAGUUUGGUGCCAAAAAGCUCAUCAAAGAAGCUCGAAGGCUCCGAUGCAAGGCACUGGUUGUAACGAUCGAUUCGGCUGUAAUAGGCAAACGGGAAGAAGACGAUCGUCUCAAGGCACAGCUCGAUUAUGACGCAGGCAUUGAACCUGCAGAUCCGGCAACUACAGCGGUAGGAUCCAAUCCACCAGUGCUCAGGGGUGCUCAUUCAAGCACUCUCGAAUGGGAAGACCUGAAGUGGAUCCGCGAGACAUGGGACAAUGCAGGACCUCUCGUGCUGAAGGGAGUUCAGUCAGUCGAGGAUGCCAUGCUAGCGGCUGAAGCCGGCGUAGAUGCCAUCUACUUGAGCAAUCACGGUGGCAGACAGCUCGACUAUGCUCCAAGCUCGAUCAAAACAUUGCUGGAGAUUCGCAAGUUCUGUCCGAGCAUCCUGAGCAAACUAGAUGUAUAUCUCGACGGGGGUGUCACCCGUGGCUCGGACGUCGUCAAAGCGUUGUGCUUGGGAGCAAAAGCCGUUGGCCUGGGGCGUACGUUCAUGUACUCUCUCAGUGGCUACGGAACUGCAGGCGUUGAUCGUGCUAUCCGGAUCCUGGACGACGAAAUCCAGACCACGAUGCGCCUUCUGGGCGUCACAGCUCUUGAUCAGCUGAGCCCCGCCUACAUCAACACAUCCAUCCUGUUGAAUGAGUUGAGCCAAGAUGUCGACUUGCCUGUUCCGCAGCCCUCGAGCAAACUAUAG